AUGAAAACUUCCGCUACAACGGACCACGUUCAUGAUAUUGACAAACAAAUUCGACAACUGAAAAAGAAGAUUCUAUUGAUGGAGGCUCAACAACAGAAAGCAGGGUGUGGUCGUGAUCCAAAACAAGAACAAGAUCACUAUAAAGGCAUUUUUGUUGGGAUAAAAAAGGUAAUUAAGUUUGAGGAUGUUAAAGAGUUGGGAAGUGUGCCUGCUGUUAAGCUCGAAGCUGGUUGAUAAACACAUCUGCACCUUCUUGGAGUUCCGGAAAGGGAAAUGUUGGAUGAGAUCAGAUAAUCAAAACAGUGGAUGUCCAAGUCAGUCCUUUGUUUUUUUUUCUCACUUUUGCUAAUCAUAGUGCCAGAUCCACCUUUAGCUAUGAAAUCAGAUUAGUACGGAUAGAUGGGUUUGCGGUUUUAUGAGCACACAGAUUUAGCUACAGUUUUAUGAGUUUUUGCCAAAAAUAUCUAUGAGUAAUAAGAAGAAGACAUCGAUGUGGUGAUUUGAAUAACCUUCCUGCUGCCUUGCUCCACGUUUGAACCAGAUGCCCUGUUAAGGUCGUUGUGUAUCUUGGUGAGAUGGCAGGGGUACGUGUGGUUGAAAGAAGAGAAAGCAAAACACUUGCAUCAACAGAUGAAAGAAGGUAACUCUCAUUGCAACCCGGUUAAAUUCUGUAGAUUUGGAGCUAUAAUUGCAAGGUUGCAACAUUUUUUAUUUUUUGCUAAAUAUUAAACUAAUACUAUCAUUUUGUUUGUUAUAGACCCCCAAUUACAACUACUCAUUUUUAAUAAUUGUUUUUUUUAAUAUUGCAUGUGA